CCCUGCAGCUUCACCACCCCCGAGGCCCCUAAGCCCCGGCCUCGGUGUGCGGACUGGGCCAGCGCCGUGGAGGAGGACGAGAUGAGGACCAGGGUGAACAAAGAAAUCGCAAGAUAUAAAAGAAAACUCCUCAUCAAUGAUUUCGGGAGAGAGAGGAAGUCACCAUUGGGAAGUGACUCAAAGGCGCCGUGCACGGUGCCCGCCGAUCUGGAGACGGACGAGAGCGUCCUGAUGCGGAGGCAGAAGCAGAUCAACUACGGGAAGAACACCAUGGCCUACGACCGCUACAUCAGAGAGGUCCCGAGGCACCUUCGCCAGCCCGGUAUUCACCCCAAGACCCCCAACAAGUUCAAGAAGUACAGCCGGCGCUCCUGGGACCAGCAGAUCAAACUCUGGAAGGUGGCCCUGCAUUUCUGGGAUCCUCCAACCGAAGAAGGCUGUGAUUUUCAAGAAAUACAUCCCGUGGACCUCGGGGAAAUGGAGACGGAAUCCACAGAAAGCAGCUCCGAGUCCCAGGCCAGCUCCCAGGAUAACAGCUUCGACAUGUACUUGGGCACCCCCACCAAGGUGCCACACCUGGACUGCCACGUGGAGGACGAGUUUGACUUGGAAGCGUGUUUAACUGAGCCCUCGAAAGACUUCUCGGCCAUGAGCUAACCUGCCCGCAGACCGCAGAGCCAGGGCCUCUGCCCGGCCGGUGAGGCCAGCCGAGCACGUGUCGCCCGUUUGCCACGGGGGCUCCUGUUAAUAGUUAUCACCUGGUGAAUUGUUAUUCUUGCCUUAUUUUUUAAACAAUUUUAUGUAUAGUGAGUGUGUAUUUUGCGUGUUUUAAAUUGUAAAUGCAAUUAAGCCCAGUGACAAUUGAACUGGAAGCAAUCUUAUGAUAGACUUAAUUGCUUGGUCCCCACCAUCCCCCAGUUCACCCGACAAGCACACUGGAACCGGCUUCCACCGCAUUUCAGAUGCUAGGCUGCCGCUGGUAGGUGGUGGUGUGGGUUUCACUGUGUUCAGGGACCGGUCUCGUGUCAGCUUCCUGGACUGGUAUCUGAGUGUUCUCACCUUCGGGCCCUUUAAUGUCAUUAUGGAAACUUCGUUUUUGGCCUUUUGUCAGUAUGUCAGGGUGGCUUUUCCUGCACACAGAGCACUGACCAGUCAGAUACUAAAGUCGUAGGUUACUAAGUCCCGUCGUCCAAGUUGGGUCUUUGUAAAUAGUGCCAGGUGGGCCUCUCCCAAUAAUACUCCAGGAGUUACGGCAGCUGAGGGACUUAGAAAGAGCAUUUCACAGUCCAUUCACCAUGUAAAAUUGCUGUAAAUGAUAAUGUAUACAGACUUCCUGUUCAAACAUUUAAUUGUGAACUUCUUGUUAAGACUGUUAAGUUUUAUUGCUUUUGUAUGGAAUGAGAUUGCAAAAAUAAAAGAGCCUUUAACUGAU